UGUGGAAGUAAACAGGAACAAUAAGUGAUCCACUGGCAGACGCCGGGGAGAUAAUAACAAGAUAAUACUGCUGUGUUGAUGUCAGUAACGAUGGAGGAAUAUAACUCUGGGGAUGAGGUUAUCUUCAAUGCUGAUGAGGCCAAUAUCACAGUCAAAGAGUGUAUUGAAGGUGUAAUUGGAGGAACAGAUUAUGACCAGAGCAAAGUGAACCAGUGGACGGCCAGUAUCGUGGAGCAUUCUCUAACUCACCUGGUCAAACAGGGGCGGCCGUUCAAAUACAUCGUAAACUGUGCAAUCAUGCAGAAGACUGGCGCAGGUCUGCACACAGCAAACUCCUGCUACUGGGACACCGCUACUGAUGGAAGCUGCACGGUGAGAUGGGAGAACCGCACCAUGUACUGCGUGGUCAGCGUGUUUGCUGUUGCUGUGGCUCUGUGAUGGCUAAAUGAAGCUAAGUUCAAAAUGAACCCAGGACUGAGACACCCUGAAGACCCUCUGAUGAUCCCCUCUGGUAGAAGUUGUUGUGAAAGUUGGUUAUUUUUCCCUACAAGAGAAACCAGAACUUUUUGGGACAAGACUUGUGGUCUAUGAGCUGACAUUGUGUGUUUAUGACUGAGAAAAUGUUGCUGUAAAAGAAACAGUGAAAACACAGAAGGAACACUUAAGAAAACAGUACAUAGUACUUCAAUAUUCUGUUAGGUGGAAGCUCAAAUAUCCAAAUGUUGUAGCCUGUCUAAAACGUAGAUCAAGCUUUCUCGUAUGCCUAGACUGUACAUUGUGUUUAGUGCUAAUUAGCAUCUUAAAAAGCUAAACUCAGGUGGUUAAAAUUGUAACAUUAGCAUGCUGGUUAAAAAGGGAGAAAGCAUGAGCGCCUGUGGUAACCUCAAAACAUAGGCACUCUUGAACGGGACUACCAAAAAAGUGGAGAAAAUGUGAGAGCAAAAACAUUGUAUUAUAUGAGAAUGGUCCAGGCAUGGUGGAUGGUUUUAUUCUGAAAGGUCUUUCAUUCAUAGGGCUAGAAACAUUAAAAGUACACAAAAUGUCCUCGCUGUGUCAGGAGCUUUUAUAUCACUGUUUUUGCUCUUUAAUUUCUCCAUUUUUAUUAGCUUAUUAGUGCUGCAGUGUGUCAGUGACUGACUGGUUAACAUGGCUGUUAUGUUUUCUUGUACUCCUCUUCAUUACAUUCCCCUUUAAAACUUGACUGAACUGUUGCCGCUGAUGAUAUUAAAAUAACCUGACUACAUGUGCAUAGUGUCUCUACUAGUUGGCAUUAAUGUUUAACAGUUUAUAUUGGUGUGUAUUUGUAACUGUAAAGAUUUGAGUGUGUAUAACCCAUGUUUUAGUUGUUAAAUGUUCAGUCCCAAUGAAAGAUGCACUUUUUUCAACCAUUCCAUAAAGAAACACUGGAAUUUCUUUGUAUAACUUUGUGUUUGUUUUGUGGAAACUCUUGAAUAAAUUAAUAUCUUGGCGCCACUGUGCAGUCAUUUAAUGAAUGAAUAAAUGUAUGAAUGAACCUGGAACAUGAAUGGGAUUUGUUAAUCAGAGUAGAGUUGUAGUGUGGACUUUUGCCCACUAGAGGUCAGCAGAGGACUGUGCCAGAACUGCUUAUACAAGGCAGUGAUAAAGUAUUUGCACAUUUCCUGAUUUACUUUUUGUUUUUUUUCUGCAUGUUUAACACACUGAAAUGUUUCAGAUCAUCAAACUAA